CGAAGUACCAUUUUAGAAGAGCCGCCAGCCGGACAGUGAACUUUGGAAUAUCUUUAAUUAUCUAAUUUACCUUUUAACUUUAAUGAUAAUUUAUUUAGUACUUGUACAUAAAAGGAAAGCAGUGUUUGUAAUAUAAGUUAUUAACUUAAUCAAAUCAAAAUGAGCCAAUUCCGAGUAAUCGCCAGAAACUUUUCAAGUUCAUCUGCAGUGCAAAGUGCGAUAAAAAAUGUUACUAUCAUUGGUGGUGGUCUUAUGGGCUCAGGCAUCGCUCAGGUUGCCGCUCAAGCCGGCCAGAAUGUAACCCUGGUGGACGUCAGUUCUGACGUGCUGGCGAAAGCCCAGAAGUCUAUCAGUACCAAUCUGGGCCGAGUGGCGAAGAAGGUCUACAAGGAUAACCCUCAGGAGGGGGAGAAGUUCGUAACAGAGGCUUUGGGGAGGAUUAAGACUGCUACAGACCCGGCGGAGGGCGCUAAGAACUCAGACUUGGUGGUUGAAGCCAUUGUUGAGAACCUUGAUGUGAAGCACAAGCUUUUUAAGCAGUUAGAUGCUGCAGCCCCUGCUCAUGCUAUCCUGGCAUCCAACACAUCUUCUCUGUCCAUCAAUGAAAUAUCUUCUGUGGUCAAAAGGAAAGAUAAAUUUGGUGGUCUGCAUUUCUUCAAUCCAGUGCCAGUGAUGCGUCUUCUAGAAGUAGUUCGUGGAGCAGAGACCUCAGAGGAGACCUACACAUCAAUGAUGACAUGGGGCAAGUCUGUUGGCAAGACUUGCAUCACCUGCAAGGAUACUCCUGGCUUCGUGGUCAACAGACUCCUGGUGCCGUACAUCUGUGAGGCAAUUAGGCUGUUUGAGAGAGGAGACGCAUCAGCCCGCGACAUCGAUAUCGCUAUGAAACUCGGCGCCGGGUACCCGAUGGGACCUCUCGAACUGGCCGACUAUGUAGGUCUGGACACCAACAAGUUCAUCCUCGAUGGUUGGCACAAGAAGUACCCCAACGAACCCCUGUUCAGCCCCAUCCCGCUGCUUAACAAGCUGGUAGCUGAAGGAAAGCUUGGAGUUAAGACUGGAGAGGGCUUCUAUAAGUAUGAAAAGAAACAAAAGUGAAUCAUAUUUUAUACCUGCUAACACCUUGUAGUAAAAAAACCUUUGAUGAGUGGGCUAUAAAUAAUCAUGAAACAAUGCAAUCAAUUUUGAUAUUAAAUAUAUACCCCCAUGAAAAUGGGAAUUGAAAAUGAAUUAAAACUAAUCAUGUGUAGAUUGUAAGCUAUGUUGUUUGAAAUGUAAUUUUAAAAUAUUUAUAAAUUAUAUAUUUUGGUAAAUCUUUAA